UCAAAGCUAGUGAAUUUGUUUGGGUUUCGUGGGCGACUCGCUGGCUUUCUCCUCGGGUCCCCUAGGUCUCCUCCACACUAGGCCGUCUUGGCUGGAAGGGCUGAAGUACCAUAGUCAGGUGGUGCCCCUCAAUCUUCAGUCUUUGGAACCUAUGGCCUCCCGGGCGUUUGUCUACCUCAGUUUCCCCCUCUGUAAGUUGAGACACCUGGAAGAGACCUCCGGGGCCAUCUAGCUCCACCCCCCUCGUUUUACAGUUUGGAAAACUGAGACCCCGGAGAGAGUGACUGUCCAUGGUCGCAGUGCUGGGGUUUGAACCCCAAGUGCAGCCUAGUUUGCACUCUACGAUACCACCUCUCCCAGGAGGGUGAGAAAACCCGCCCUCGACCAUAAAAGAAAAAUACAAAACGCCCCCUUGCUGAGCACUCCGCGGGGCCCCUGGACUUGUAAUUCUGUGGCUUACAGAACCCAUAAUGAGAAUUUGUAAGGAAGUUUGAGAGUCUUACAAGAGCCACCAGCAGAACAGAGUGAACACAUGACUAGAAGAAAGUUUCUCAUUGCCUCUAUAGUUGCUGUUCAGAACUCCAGUUUCAUCUAUCCAUCAUGUCAGAAGUGCUUCUCUAGAGUAAUCCUAGUUUCUAAAAGGUUUGAUUGUUCCAAAUGUGACUAUACUGGUGAAUCCAAGAAUGUCACUUAUAGAUAUAAACUCUCCUUAAAAGUUUCAGAUGCAAACAGAGUGUUUGCAAUUACUGUGUUUGGAAGCUGCUUGGAUGCAUUUUUUGGCAUCACUGCCACUUGCCUAAACAGGUAUAUAAGAGAUUUUAAUCAAGUUGAAGGAACAUUGGACAGUAAUUCAAUUCAGGAUUUAUUAAUUCAAGCAGUCCAGGCAUGCUUUGUGGGGAGAACCUUUAUUUUUGGAGUGACGAAUUUUGAAAACCGAGGUGAACAAGCUUCAGCUUCCGAUAACUUCUUACCAAAAUGCCCUCGCAAUGACAGGUGCAUUAAAGAGCUAGUAGCCUGCCAGAUUUCUCUGCCGAACUCAGAUAUCACAGGGUACACAGUCAUCAACUACUUUGACCAACUUUUGCAGUCUUCUAACUUCAGACAUGUUCACUAUGGCCCCCAGCUCUCUGACGGCCCUUUACUGGAAGGUGAACACCCGAGCACUGAGCUCAGCAGCUUAGGUAGCUCUGGCAGCAGCUCUUGUUUUGUUCAGUCAAGUGGCAGAGAUCGUCUUUCAAGGCUUUGGCAACAGUUCCUUGGACUCGCUCCAGUUGUUACACAACUAGCUGAUGAUGAAGAGUUCUCCGUUUCUGAGCAAAGUAAGGCCGAUGAUGUUCCUCUGCAGCAGAGAGAGAGGGCCUCUUCUGCCGAGGUCACCAAUGUCAAUAACUAUCAUGAACCUGUUCAGGACUCUCACAGCCCUCACUUGUCUCUGGGUGAGGAGAAUAAAAGGGAAAAGCUGGAUACAGAAUCUGUUUUACCAUCUAGUCAUCUGACUGCCAUUCUUAACAACUAUCCUGAGACUGGAGCUGCCAGUUUUCUCCCUUUUAAAAUGAAGAAGUCACUUUUGGAAAGUGACACAAAUCUCCUCCCUGGUACUCUGGAGACAGAAGAGAAGUGUUCCCAACCUAAGUUAACUCAUCACCAGAAUCACAGUUCAGACCUCUCUUCAAGCUUUCAGAAGAGAACACCAUCUCCUAGGCAAGAAGCAAGUGUUAUUGAUAGACAGGAGGGGGACCCUGAAAUUUGGGAUGACCUGCCAUUCUCUGAAAGCCUAAAUGCUUUUAUAGCAGGUAUUGAAAAUGAGAACAUUAUAGCCCAGCCCUCAAAAUGUCAUAAAGGUAAAGACAUCAAUCCAGUGGAUGGUCACUAUGGCAGAUUAUUAGCAAAUCCACCAAGAGCUACUGGGAAUAUACAUGUGCCACAUGUGAGGUCAGAGGUAAAAGACAAAAACUGUGCUGAAGGUAGUGUUCUUUCCAGCUGUGGUUCAGAAAGGAUCUCUACUUCACAAAAGGAAAUGCAGCAAGAUAACACAGACAAUUGCUUUUCAGUAAGUAUUAGUGGAAAAGAAAUUUCUGACUGUGCUAUACCUAAUGUCAAUGUGUCAGUCCUAUCUCAGACUCCAAAAGACUUCAGAACAUACCUUUCUUUUAAAAAAAAUGACAGCUUUCCACAAAACAAAGUUGAAAUCAUUCCAAGUCCUAAUACUUCAGGAAAUGUUCAUUCUUGUGCCAACACAAAGUAUUCUGUGAAAUGUGGAGAAAGGCAAUCUUCAGAAAUCGACAGAACAGCUACUUCUUUGUGUUCUGAAAAACAUGUUGUGUUUUCUGAUGCUUGUGCAAGAAAUAAAGGACAUUCUAUUUGGCUACAGAAUCAAGAAGGAAGUUUUACAACAUGCAGAGAACUUGUGCAGAACUCAAAUACUCGUCGUUACCAUAAUAAAAAUGUGAGUACAAAUGUGUGUGCAUUAAUGCCAGAAUCUCAAAAAAUAACAUCUACAACUGUAAAAGAAAACUUGCAUCAAAACUUGUCUCCUCCUCCUGACAGCAAUUACAAUGCUUCUGCUGAUCUCUUUGAUUUUAGUGCCAAAGAAAUGGAAACUGUGGCGGAAUAUAUUGAUAAAUCACAGGGCAUUUUGUCAACAUGGGAAACUGUUUUGACAGAACGUCGUCCUGUAUCUAAUUUUCCCCUUAGUCCUAUAGAUGAUAAUUGCAGCCAUUUUCAAAGAAGGUCAUCCUCACAAAAUAUCCUUAGGCAUCCAAGAACACAUUCUUCACCUUAUUUUCAAUCAGAUUCAGACUAUGAUCUGGGAGAUAGCCAAGAAUUUGUUCCAUAUUCACAGUCAACUCCUAUUGCACCACUUCCUCGUAGACUAAGCGUCCAUAGAAUGAAAGACUCUUUCCAAAAAUACCCCAGAUUUUAUACCAGUCUGCACCCCAACUAUAAAACAAUGAUGACCUUUGAAGAUGGCAUACAGCAACCCACCCCAGACUGCCUGAAAAAUGAAAACACAACUAGCCUGAGAUCCAGGAACACUUCCGUAGCUGAUGAUUCACAGCAAAUGUUCAGUAGUAGUAGUCCUACUCUCAAAUUCUUUGAAACUAAUUUUGAUGGAGAAAAAGCAUUCCCUUCACCUGUACUUCCCACCUCAGAAAUGUUUGAAUUAAGUUUCAGGGGCCCAGGUAAAUGGCCUGCUGCUUGCAGUACCCCUAAUCAAGCAGAAGGACCCCAAAACAAAAAGAGGAAGAUGGAACAGAGCACUGAUAAAGAUUUAAUUGGGAAAGAAUUUCAUCUAAAGAACAAGUACAGAGUGACGGCUAUGAAACAAAUUACUCCUAAGCUUGAAAAUUGUAAAGAUAGUAGAGGCUGUAGUUCCAAAAAUGCAACUCUUAGGACUGAUUCUCUUUCAAAUGUCAAAUGUCGACUUUUGUUUUCUGAAAAUGAGGCCCCUUCAGCUGCUGAAGUUCCAAGUGACUGGUCUCCUGAAUUGUUCACACAAAGGCAGCCAAACCCAGUUUCUAAACACUUAUUAAAGAUUCCUGUUUGGAAACUUUAGUAUUUAGUGGUAUUAAAGUCUAAUCAUUUUUAGACUUCAAGAGAAACAAAAUUGUUAGAGAUGACCUCCAUUUGAGCCUGCUCCUUUUGAUGCUUUUUGUCAUGAUUAAAACAUACUGUAUCCUGUAAAUAUCUUGUAAAUGAACUCUGAUAGAGAUAUUCUGGCACUUCAUUUUGUAUUACAAGUUAUACUAUGGUGAUAUUGAUUUGUUUCUUAAAACAUCAUAACAAUUCUUUAU